CAGGCGAGUUCCAACUCCGAACUCUAUCAGAUCAGGCGAGUUCCAACUCCGAACUCUAUCAGAUUAGUUUCCCUCUCGGGGAACGUCGUUUGAUAGUUGAUGUCAUCUCUUUUCUGGAGGCGGACAAAACCCAAUUACCUAAGCAAGGGCACGAGAAAUCACUCCUCUGUGUCUUUCUCUCUCUCUCUCUCUCUCUCUGUGAUGGAAGCCAGACGGCUAGCUGAUCCCUUUAGCUGAAUCCCUUAGCAGAUCAACAAAAUCAGACAGAAAGAGAGAGAGAGAGAGAGAGAGAGAGAGCAGGAAAGGUAUGUAUCAGGCUCACUUCCAAUCGGCCCUGACGGUGAGGGACACGGCCUCGUUCCCUUGCUGCAAUGAGUUCCGCCACUGUCAUUGUCAAGAAAGGCUUCUAGACUCUGUUUGUGCUUGUGGGCAUGGAUUGGGUCGGUACCCACCUGCUUGUGGGAUGAGGCAAUCGUCUCUGAUCCCCCAAUUUGCCCCCAAAAGGGUUAUCUAUUUCGGCAGCAGUGGGAGUUGCUGGUCUCACGGUCACGAGUCUCAGUUCUUUCGUCUCAAGGAAGAUUGCCGGGAGAGGAGAAGGGCUGCGCGUGCGGUACAGGAAGAGAAAUUUGGUGGUCCUUGGAGGCUUGACUACGGGGUGGAGAUUCACAGGUGGGUACAGGAAGCACUGAGUUUGUUGGUCAGGUUUAACACUGGUUUAUUCCCUGGUCCAGGGAGGUGGCGUGAUGUCCGAUGCGACGAGUCUCCAUUUCUUCGGUGUGAUCGCGACCUCGAUGGCGAGAGUGAGUCCGGAUUUAGUUUUAAGCAUUGGGUCUCUGAGGAAUUUGCAAAUGGGGAUGUUGGCCGAGCUCCUGACGACAAAUCUUUGGCUGGAAAUGUUUACAAAAAGGCUGGAGGAAGAAGGAACAGAGAUUCCCGUGGUGGUCACAGACGUCGUGAUGAACGUGAGGACGAUGAUGCUGCUUGUGAAGUUAGUGGUCGGUGGACUGAUCAUAAUUCUUCUUCUUCUUCUUCUUCUUCUUCUUCUUCUUCUUCUUCUUCUUCUUCUAAGAGGCGACAGAACAGAGGAAGAUCGCAUUCGCUGGUUAAAUUCGCCGUUCAGGAUAAGCAUUUCUCAAGUAGGCGGGAUCAGACUGAAUCAGCAUCAAGGGCUAGCAAUCAUCAUGGUGUUAAAAAGGAUGUAAGAAGCAGAGUCUCCCGUGGUGGUGACAGACAUCAUGAUAAACCUGGGGACGAUGAUGCUGGUUACGAAGUUAGUGCUCAGCGGACUGAUUAUGAUUCUUCGUCGUCUUCUUCUUCGUACUCUUCUUCCAAGAGGCGACAGAACGUAGGAAGAUCGCAUGAUAAAUUCACCGUUCACGGUGAGCAUUUCUCAAGUAGGCGUGAUCAAAUCGAGAGUACCUCCCCAACUCGCUCAAUUGGUACUCAAACAAGUAAACAGGAGCAGAUUACGCGAGAAGAUCGGCACUCCUGUGACUGGAAUAGAAGGAAUAAACAAGAGACUGUUGGAGGCGACCGAUCCUUUUCCAAGCGCGAUAAAAUCAAGGUAUGUGUGGGUGAAGAAGAAAACCGUGCAUCUUCCUCAAGAACAGGUAAUCAUCGCUGUGAGCAACAGAUUCAGAUGAAGCAGGAAGACUCUAAAAUGGAGAGAAGAAGCGACACUAGAGACUCCUCUGUUUCCCGGGGCACCUAUUCUGGUGGUUAUAGGCAUGACAAGUCUUGGGAGGAUAGGCAGGACGAAUCUUGUGGGAAUAGUCAAGUUAGGAUAGGAGUGACGAGAGAACAGAACCAACGACAUGAUAGAACAGCACAUGACGAGAUGGAUUGUAGUGCCACAGAUGCUUGCUACAGGUACAAAGACGGGCAAAGGGUACUCGUCAACAAGAGGCAAGAAACUUCAGCGUCAGUUCAACAUUUAGCUCAACGUCCAAAGCAAGCUCAAGUGAGCCAAAGUUCCAGGGGACCUGAACUGCCACAUCCUGAUAGUUCAGUUACUAUUGUGGAUUCAGACUUGUCGAGGCUUCGUGAGUCCAAGGAGUACGUCUGUAAGCAUUGUGGUUCUUGCAUUGUUGAUUCUUCGAGACAAGUAAGCACCAGCAGAAUGGAGAGAGAUACAAGGAUCUCGCAAGAACAGAUACCAUCAACACAAGUGCCAAUUACUUCAUCUUCUCAAUUGCCACUGGGGAGCUAUUCAAGCAUUAGUGCUGGCCAGAAAAUGACUAAAUAUGUUACUAGCGAUUAUAAUGGGAAGCAUCGUCGAUCAUCAAACAUGGAAUACACGCAGGAAGUAGUCAGUGGUGGUCCACCUAUAGGUGUCAGGAUCCCAGAACCAGCGAUCUUGCAGGAAGAACAAGGAUCUCAGCCAUCUGAGCCAAGACCAGGAAGCUCAUCGAAAUUCACUAGUGCCCAUCAAUCAGGUCGACUGGAAACUAGUGUCUUUGUUGCUAGAGACCGCCACUCCUUGAGUACUAGCGGCUUACAGGAAGAGGCUAUUCCCUCGGGACGGACAUCUGCGCAGGGGGUUUCAAUUCGUCCACCUAAGUCUAAAACUUGUGGCGAUCACCAAUCGCCUGAUUACGCAACUAACGAUUAUGUUACAUUGCAUCGUGAUUCUGAAAAAGUUGAUUAUCAGGAAGAAUUUAAGAGUAGUUCACAGACAGAUGCGGCCAUUCGGAGACAGGUAACCUUACAGGAUCCAUCUGUGCCUUCAUCUUCUACGUUGGUGCUUCAGGACUCACUAGGAACUGCUGCUGCUGAUCGUCAACCAGCAGGGUAUACAGCUAGCGAUUACGUUGGGAAGCGUUGCCGAUCGUCAAACAUGGAAUACACACAGGAAAUAGUCAUUGACGGUACAUCUACAGGCGUCAGGAUCCCGGAACCAGCGACCUUGCAGGAAAAGUCAAGAUCUCAACCAUCUGAGCCAAGGCCAGGAAGCUCAUCGGAAUAUAGUGGUGCCCAUCAAUCAGGUCGACUUGCAACUGAUGUCUUUGUUGCUAAAAACAGCCACUCCUUGAGUACUAGCGGUUCACAGCAAGAGGCCGUUCUCUUGGGACAGAUAUCUUCGCAGGGAGUUUCAAUUCGUCCACCUCCGUUAGAAAUUUAUGGCGAUCAUCAAUCGCCAGAUGACGCAAUCAGUGAUUAUUUUCACGGUUCUACAGAUAUUUAUUAUCUGGAAGAAUUUAACACUAGUUCACAGAGAGGUGCGGCCUUCCAGGGACAGGUCACCUUCCAGGAACCAUCUGUGCUAGCAUCUUCUAAGUUGGUGCGUCAGGGCUCAGUAGGAACUGCUGCUGCUGAUUGUCAUCCAGCAGGGUCUGCGUCUAGUGAAUCAUUCACCAGGUCAUCACAGAUUGGCUCUCAUGUUCUUAGUGCGCAACUGCAUGGAGGAGCUCCCAGCAAUCAAUCUGAAACCGAAAAUACAAGAAAUGACGACCUAAGUGGGCAGUCGGGGCUGCACACCAGAGACAGUGAUUCGAGCUCAGUCGUCUGCAUAGGUAAGUCUUCUCAUGAAACGAAAGAGUCUGUUCAUCAACUUCCCCAGGCAGGCUUGCCUUCCCAGAGAAUUCUGAUAACAACUGAGAAAACAUUUCUAGUAGAGAGGGAGAGGACAUCUGAUCAGACCACCGUUUUACAGCAAGUAGUAUUGGCGAAUCAAUCAAGUGCCGAUUCUGUAAAAAGCGGGACGAGUGCAAAGAACUCGAGAAACUGUGGGAUGCAGGGUUCUUGGCAGUCUCCUGCAUCGUCUGAGAUAAGAGGACCGCCUGAUGAAAUGUGGGAUGUUGCAGGUGAAGCAUUUGAAGAACCUUAUGGCGUGGAAGCCACAGAGCCUCCUGUAUCUGUAGCUUCUGGAGAGAAUUUGACUGAAGGAACUGCUACUGAAGGAGCGGUUGCAGGAUCUGAUGUUGCAUCUUCCAAGACUGCAAUCGUUAAGAGGCCAAGCAAAUCAUUAUGGGGCUACCUUGCAGAAAUUGUUAAGGCUGGUUGGAUAUUACGCAUGGGAUCGCAUGAUUCAACACCAAAAUCUACUGCUAAGAGCUCAUCAAAUGAAUCUGGGGGUACUGAAGCGUGGUUUUCAGGUUAUGAACCAGAGGCUGAGGAGAAGGUGAAGAGAGAGAAGAAGGGUGGGUCAAGAGAACCACCAGCUGUCAAAGGGUCAAGCGAUGAGAUUACCGCUGAACUGAGCUUGAAACAAGGGCAGGAGAUCACCGAACGGGAGAAUGUCCAGGCAACAAUAACCAAUGAUGGGUUUGCUACGUCUCCAGUACGGCUCUCUGAACGUGGAUCUAUCCGCAGAAGAGCUUCCUCAUUAUCAGAUAAUCAAAGAUGGGAGUCUGCUGCUAAUUCUGCCCAUGUUACUUCAUCAUCAGCGCCAGCAAGUGGUAGAACAUCACCGGACACCAUUACAAGUUCAACCGGCACCACUAACGUGCAAAAGCAAGGAGAAACUAGUGAAGUCGGAGCUUCUUUUGUGGAGAUUACCGGUGACUUCCAGACAGGAAUUCAAGAACAACCCAUCAAGGGAGGGCAGGAAGAUGCUGGUAUGGAAGAUACGGAAACAACCCUAAUGCAGGGUAAGUUAAAACGAACUGCACAAGUUCAAAGAGAAAGAUUUGAAGCGUGGGAAGAAGCUUAUAGACUUGAAAGCCAGCAGAGAAAAAUGGAUGAGAUGUUUAUGAGGGAAGCUCUUCAGGAAGCAGGAAAAGCAGCUGAUACCUGGGAGGUACCGGUUGGUGCUGUUUUGGUCCAUCAUGGUAAAGUUAUUGCCCGGGGCCGCAACCUCGUGGAAGAGUUGAGGGAUGCAACUGCACAUGCUGAACUGAUAUGUAUCAGGGAGGCAUCUAACACACUUAAAUCUUGGCACCUUGCGGGGACAACUCUUUAUGUCACAGUUGAACCUUGUGCAAUGUGUGCGGGCGCUAUUCUUCAAGCUAGAAUUGAUACGUUGGUCUGGGGGGCACCAAAUAAGCUUCUUGGAGCUGAUGGCAGCUGGGUCAGACUUUUCCAUUCUCCUGAUGAAGGACAGAGCAGCUCGGGACAACCGAGCUCACCAGCAGGUCCAGUACAUCCAUUUCAUCCAAAUAUGAAGAUUAGGCGUGGUAUCCUUGAAACUGAAUGCUCUGAUGUGAUGCAACAAUUUUUCCAACUGAGGAAGAAGACCAGGAUAGAAGAAUCUCCACCUUCAUGCAUGCCACUUGCAAAUCCUCCAAAAUUUUUCUCUAAGAUGCACGACUUUUUUGGUAUGAUGAUCUGCUUGUAGCUGUUGGUUUUUCCUAUUAAGACAGAAAUUUUGACACGAUACCCUUGGUGAGUAAUGACUAAUGGGAGGAACCUCAAUUAGCCUACUGAGCCAAGAGUUCUGCUUCAACUGAAAAAUGAACAGAAACUAAAGAUAACCUGUCAAUAUCUAUUACCAAGUCAGAAUGCGGAACAGAUGUACUUCAGCGGUUUCUUGAGGAUUUCACAAAUUAUCCUCAUAUUAUCCUAUCCUCUCUGAGAGCUUUCUUUU